AUGCUUGUUGCUCUGCUAUUUCUAAUAAUCGUGUAUGUUUAUCUCAAAAGUGCGUACUUCACCUUACGUGGAUCAUUACCUGGUGUGACACCACAAUUUCUCUUCGGCAAUUUACAACAAACUGGAGUUAUCUGGCGAGGCGAACCACUCCCUAAUGUACUACGACAGUUUCAAGAUAAAUUUGGUGAUGUAUUUCAAUUCUGGUUAGGUUCAGCUCGUAUGGUUGUUGUGUGCCGUCUGGAAGAUGUACAACACAUUUUUUCCCAUCGACAUGAGUACGAUCAAGCAGAUUUAGUUGAACAGAAAAUGAGCUUCAUCAUGCCGAAUUCAAUCUUUUGUCUCACAGGAUCUAAAUAUAAGCGUCACGCAUCUAUUACUCAUUCAUUAUUUCGUCGUGGUAAAAUUAUCAACCAUUUGGAUACAAUAAUAAAUUGUACAGAUAAAUUGCUGACUCGUUGGCGAACGAACAAGAACGACCCAAAAUACAUUCAUUUAAAUAUGUUUGAGCAACUGCAACAAUUAGUUCUUGAGACAUUCAGUCUUAUGUUUUUUGACUAUUCUCUCCCGACAAUGGAUAAUCAAGGAGACAAGGACAAGAAUGAAUUUGCUCAUGCAUUGCACACAGUUUUAGACGCGAUUAUGACUGUAAUAAAAAUGCCGACAUUCAUCGAUCGUCUCUACUUGCUACUUAAUCUCAAAUAUCGACGAUCACGUGAUCUUGUUAAUCGGCACUUACAUCAUAUGAUUGAACAAGAGUUGCAAGAGGCACCAAUGAUGAGAGCUGAACGCAAGAAAAUAAGUUUGAUUGCAUCAUUAAUCGCUUCAUUACAGCAAGAUGAAAAAAUUGAAGCGUUAAAGACUGAAGAAGACAGAAAAGGCGAGUCUAGUACAUUAUUUAGAAAUUCUGUACUUGCAAAAAUCAAAGAUAAGGCGACUACAAGUACAGUAAGUACAAGUUCAGUACUUGUACUUAUCUGA